AUGGCGUCCCCGUCAACGAAUGCGUCCGGUGAUGUCGACACAGACGAGGAUCUAAUGCAAUUCGUGCCCGGCGUCAUCAACAUAGGCAAGGAUCGGAUGGAGUAUGUGUGUGGCGACGCCGACUCAGGCCAGGAUCCGAAGCAUUUCAUGCUUGGUGGUGUCAAGAUGGACAAGGUUAUGAUGGAGUACGGGUCCUGCAGCACCAGCCCGAACAUGGAUCUGAACAAGUUCAUGCUUGGCGGCGGCGACUCGGUCCAGGAUGUCAUGCAGUCUAUGCUCGACGGAAUCGGGACAGGCAAGGAUCCCAUACAGGUCCAGGCUGAGCCCGAUGGUGCCAGCAUGGAGAAUGAUUUCAUGCAGUCCGUCCUCGGAGGUGUUGGCACAGACAUGGAUCCCAUACAUGUCGUGUCCGAGUCCGAUGCUGCCAACGCGAACAAGGAUCUGAUGCAGUUCGCGUUCGGUGCAUUGGGCACAUACCAGAAUCCCAUACAGAUCGAGUCUGAGGUCGAUGGUGUUGACACCGAUGAGGGAGAGAAGCAGUUCCUCACCGAUGGUGACGACACGGGCAAUGGAGAGAUGCAGAUUCUCGCUGAUAGGGCCAACAAGGACCAAGAAGCGAUGCAGCCUAUGACCGGCGGCACCAGCGUGGAUGGGGACAACUCUGGACACUCCUGGUUCACCAAUUACCUCGCGGAAGAGAAUAACUCAUGGACGCAGUCCCCCUUCGACGACUUCUUGUACACUAGCGAUGAUAUGGGGAUGAUUCCUUAA